UCACACAUAGCAAAAAAAGUAAGUCAAAGUAAAUGUUUAUAAGGCUUUUCGGCCUCUAUAUCAUAUCAUAUACGUUGGGGGCGUGGUCGGUGGACUGGGGCUCGACCAAUGGUGUCGCAGUGGAGGAAAAUGGGUGUUCCCUUCUGUGAGGAGCAGAAGUUGAACAGCGCGAGCAGACAGAGCUUUGGAAAGGCAGAUUCAGAGAGGGCAGAGGCAGCAGCCCUCUUCUGGAUGGGGGGGGGACUUAUAACAAAAAUAUAUAUACACACACACGUGUGAAUUGUUUGGCCGCACGAUAGGUCAUAUGUGGGAAACUGUUAUUUUAGAAAAUCCAACCACCGCGGUUUUACAUUUAAAAUGCCUAUUUUACUUUUCCUGUUAGACACGUCCGCCUCUAUGAAUCAGCGCACUUAUUUGGGUACGACGUAUCUGGACGUUGCUAAAGGCGCGGUUGAGGUCUUUAUGAAGCUGCGUGCCCGAGACCCGGCUAGUAGAGGCGACAGGUACAUGCUAGUUACAUUUGAUGAGCCACCAUACGGAGUGAAGGCGGGCUGGAAGGAGAACCACGCCACCUUCAUGUGCGAGCUGAAGAACCUACAGGCAUCUGGGCUGACCACGUUAGGCCACGCCCUUCGCACGGCCUUUGACCUGCUUAACCUCAACCGCCUUGUCUCCGGAAUUGACAACUACGGACAGGGCCGUAACCCGUUCUUUCUCGAGCCAUCCGUGAUCAUUACUAUCACCGAUGGGAACAAGCUCACACACAGCUCAGGGGUGCCCGAGGAGCUGCACCUGCCCCUGAACUCGCCUUUGGCUGGCAGCGAGCUGACCAAAGAGCCUUUCCGCUGGGACCAGCGUCUGUUCGCGCUGGUGCUGAGGCUGCCGGGAGCGGCCGCGCCGGACAACGAGCAGCUCGGGAGCGUCCCGACCGACGAGUCGUCCAUCACCCAGAUGUGCGAAGUCACCGGAGGGCGAUCGUAUUGCGUGCGGACGCAGAGGAUGUUGAACCAGUGUCUGGAGUCCCUGGUGCAGAAGGUUCAAAGUGGCGUUGUCAUCAAUUUUGAAAAGACAGGCCCAGAUCCGCCUCUCACAGGGGAAGAUAACUGUGUAGAGUCCAGUCGCCCCGUGUCAUCCUUCAGCCCACAGCCCUGGCACAGUUGCCACAAGCUAAUAUACGUGCGACCAAACCCGAAAACCGGGGUGCCAGUGGGCCAUUGGCCCAUACCCGAGUCCUUCUGGCCGGACCAGAAUUCUCCAACGCUGCCGCCUCGCUCCGCUCAUCCUGUGGUGCGCUUCUUCUGUGUGGACUGCGAGCCCAUGGUAAUUGACAAGCUUCCCUUCGACAAGUACGAACUGGAGCCAUCUCCACUCACCCAGUACAUUUUAGAGAGGAAGUCUCCUCACAUGUGCUGGCAGGUGUUCGUCAACAGCAGCGGGAAGCAAAGUGACCACGGGCAUCCAUUUGGCUACCUGAAAGCAAGCACCACCCUCACCUGUGUUAACCUGUUUGUCAUGCCUUACAACUACCCAGUCGUCCUCCCACUCCUCGAUGAUUUGUUUAAAGUGCACAAGCUGAAACCAAACCUCAAGUGGCGACAGUCCUUUGAGAUGUACCUGAAGAUCAUGCCUCCGUACUACCUCCUGCCCUUAAAAAAGGCACUGAGGAUGAUGGGAGCUCCCAACCUGAUUGCAGACACCAUGGACUGUGGCCUGAGUUACAGUGUCAUUUCCUACCUGAAGAAGCUCAGCCAGCAGGCAAAAAUGGAGUCAGACCGUCUGAUUGUGUCUGUGGGGAAGAAGGCACCUCAAGAAACUGGCAUAAAAGUAAAGAACCACUCCAGCUCCCUCUCUCUGGCCUAUCGGCCCGACUUCAAGCAGCUGCUGCAGGGAAUCACCGGGGAGGGGCCCAUUCGCCUGUUGGACAUCAACUUCAAAGAGUUUGCAGGCUUCCAGAUCGCUCUCCUCAACAAGGACGUAAAACCUCAAGCUUACCGGAAUGCCUAUGACAUCCCAAGACGAAACCUUCUAGAUCAACUCACGCGGAUGCGCUCCAACCUGCUGCGGAGGUCUUUAAAACUGAUCCGAGGGCAAGAUGAAGACUACCUACACAGUAUUCCAGUGGCACAGAUGGGAAACUAUCAGGAGUACCUCAAAAUGAUGCCAUCUCCCUUAAGAGAGAUCGAUCCCGAUCAACCGAAACGACUGCACACAUUUGGGAAUCCAUUCAAACAAGACAAGAAGGGUAUGAUGAUCGAUGAGGCGGACGAGUUUGUGGCGGGCCCCCAAAACAAGAAGAGGGGCAACUGCGGCGAUUCCAACUCGAGCGCCACCGUGAAACGGAGGCGGAGCAUGUCGCCGUUGCUGCGUCGGACGCAAACCCCGCCGGGGAACGCCAACCACGUCGCAGGGAAAGGCCCGGCUGGAGCUCCGGGCCAGCAGAGUCCCCUCAAGCCCAGCCCGCUGCAAAAAGGAGGGGACGGCAGCGCUGUUGUCGUCACCGAAAGCAACGGCGACGGCGUUCUGGGGCUGGACUCUGGAGAGAUCUGGCCCGCCGAGGUGGAAUCGCAGACGGCGAGUCCGCCGUCGCUAAACUUGGAGGAGAAGGCCUCGGGGGGAGCGGCAGAUCAGGCGGAGGAUGUGGGCACAGCGGAGGACAGGCUGGCAGCGGAUCCUCUGGAAGAUCCGAUGCUUGAUGAGAAACACAGCUGCGAGCCUCUAAGUCCACAAAGUGAUCUGGACGGUUCCGAGACCGACGCCGCGUUCCUUGAGACCGUAUUCAUCGCCCCGCUGGAGGGCAGCCAGGCGGAGCUCCGCAGCCGAGUAAUUAAGGAGGUCCGCAAACCCGGACGAAACUACAAGGCAAUACUGAGUCUACUGCAGCAGGUGAAAGGACCAGUAAAUGUACAGAGAUACUUCAUCCAACACGCUAUCAAAGAAGCUGCCAGGUUCAAAAAGCGGGUACUGAUCCAACAGCUGGAGAGCACGCUCACCGAGUUGGAGGAGAAGCAGGAAACAGACUUGCAGCUUUUCAACGAUCACGGCAGGUAGUCACCAGAUAAAGAAACGGGGGGAGGCCCCUUUCCUUGAAGGCAUAUCUCUUUACGAGCAGCCUCACAAACAACAAACCGAGGAACCAGACACAGCAGCGGCCAGACGCUCCGACGGCUGAAGAUCGCACCGUCCCUGCAUCUUUAUGAUGCAUGGGGUCAGAGGCAGAGGGUCUGACUGAAGGGCAGAGUAAAGAGAUUUGGGAAAUAAUCCUCUUCAUAUUGACAGAUGCCUUAAACACCCAUAUGGCUUUUGUCUGUAUGGAUGACAUGAUAAGCUGGCAGAUCUUCACAUCAGCAAGAGCAAGCUUUUGCUCACUGAAAACAGACCUUUAUUCAGCUGGUCUGAGAAGCGUUUUUCUUUUUAUUUAAUUUUAUGUGAAACAAAAGGUUGCACAUAUAUGUAGAUUUAUAGCUGGCCCGAGAAAUCUUGUCAAGCCAGCAUAUAUCUGUAAAAGAAUGAAUUUAUUUUUGUACUUUUUUUUUUUUUGGUGUCGGCCAUUUUAUGACUUUUAUCAAACAUCGGACUCAUUUUAAAAGUUGAUGUUGACAUUCAACGGCAUUAGGGGUGUGCAAUACAGAUUCCUUUUUCAGGGAAUUCACGUCAGACAUGGCAGAAAAUGUCCCGUCAGACAUUUUUAUUUCUGGCCAAUCCAGUCAUUAAUCCGGUCACAUUAAUAUGAUUUUUCACAUUCAUUGGAAUUGCAGUACUGCCACAUUAAAGGUAUAUUUACCACUGAAUAUGUGGUACAGAAAAAUACGAAUAUCUCAUAGCACAUAACGCCCGAUCUUGUUUGCCAUCUUUCAGUGAUAAAAGGUUCACUUUAACAUGCCAUAAUAUAUAGUCAUUUUUCAGACUUUUAAAUGUCUAAAAUAGUAAUCUCUGUCACCAAUUGGACACAUUCUGCAAACAAACUACCUAUUUUAAAGAUAAUUUUGAUGUCCGCAUCAGUAUUUUGGGAGCUGGAAACACAACAGUAUAUUAACUGAGGAUCCUCCUGUUUUAUAUUAACAGUGCGGUCUCUGUUUAUUCGAUCUGGCACACACACACUCUCACUCUCUAACUCCAGUUAAACCAUUACAACAGAACUCCCAGCGGGUUCAGCUGCCUCGUCGUAACAGUUGAUCAUCUGUCCUCUGCAUAGUCCCGAGUCCACACUCCCCUUUUUUGUUCUCCUUGCUUUUACAGCACGUGUACACUAUUUUUAAUGUUCAUAGGGAUAUAGAUUAUUUUUGUGAGUUUAUGUCAGAGUUUAAGAAAUAUUUUGGAAGAAAUUUCCAAAGCCAUGUCUUUUUUUGUAACUGUUACACAAAGUGAAAAGAUUUACUAAGAUUUUUUUAAAUAAAA